AGAAAUUAUUAACUGGUAGUAGUCGAUCAUACGACCCAGUAUUACUCACCCAAAAGAGUGCGAUUUAAUAAUAAUAACAAUAAUAAAAGUAACACCGAUCAGUAACCUCAAGUCUGUGUGUGGCCAAUUGCCAAUAUGUAAUUGCAAUAUAUAUAUAUAUACAUACACAUAUAUAUUUAUAUAUAUAUCUUCAUAUUUAAAAACAUAAUUGUCUAUGUCUAAGACGUCUAAGAAAUAGUGAGUGAAACAGUAUUUGGAUUAACCGAUAGUAAAAAAUAUUCCAUGCGUUGUCAGGCCGAAAAUUACUACGAUGUAAUUAAUUGAUAAGACAAGAGGACGAUAUGAAAGUGAUUUAAAAAUGAUGAUAAUUGAUUAUUACUUUAAUAAUUAUUAUUAUAAUGAUCAAGUUUUUAUAAAUAUACGUGUUGUGUUCGUGUGUCCAAUAGCAUAACCGAGUCGGAGAAAUCGUUGACAGAACGACAGUUUUAUUGUUAUUAUAUAAAAAAUAUAUAUGCUGAUUAUUUGAGUACAAGUGGAGGAAUAAUAAUAAAGUUCAUUAAAAAAUGUCAACGGCAUUGCUAGCUGUCAUUGCUGUUAUUCUGUGUAUUCUUUUUAGAAUUUUAAAUGUCAACAGUUCACCAAAAAAACCGGUACUUGUUUGCCAAGACACCGUUUUUUUGUCUACAAUUCUUAAAAUUGCUCCAGUAAUUGGGGAACCCUACAAGCCAACGAGACUCUGGGGAUUUAGCGGUCAUGUGCAGACGAUCGUCCACAGUAUCAUUGGUCGCGUCCGAUGUCCGUGGCCCAUUGGCGAACGAGUUUACAUAAUUCUUGUUGAUGGAACUACUUUAACUUACGAUUUAUAUCAACCGCUGAGUAACGGUCACGAAGAUGACAUCACAGUAGCAAUUGCUCCAGGAAUUGGCAAUACUUCCGAGAGUGUCUACAUCAGGACAUUUGUACAUUUUGCUCAGUGUCAUGGGUACAGAUGCGCGGUGCUCAAUCAUGUUGGAGCACUUUCAAGUGUCAAGGUCACCGCACCAAGAAUAUUUUCUUAUGGCCACACUGAUGAUUAUCAUGUCAUGCUAUCAAGUUUGCUUGAUAAGCACCCCAGCACAAAAAUAGUCUGCGUAGGAUUUAGUUUAGGUGGUAAUCUCGUUACCAAGUACAUGGGCGAGAGAGCGACCACUAAAUCGCCUCAGAUAAUAGGCGGAAUUUCAAUUUGCCAAGGCUACAAUGCUAUCGAAGGCACUAAUUAUUUACUCAACUGGCAGAACUUCCGUCGGUUCUACCUCUACAUAAUGACUGAGUCCGUUAAAAAUAUUAUUUUGAAGCACAAAAAUGUUUUAUUGUCGGAAGAAGUUAAAAAACGACACAAUCUUAAUGAGAGAGAAAUUAUUUCUGCCGCGACACUGCCGGAACUCGAUGAGGCCUACACGAAACGAAUACAUAAUUUUAGAUCAGUCUCUGAAUUAUACAAAUGGAGUAGUAGUAUUAAUUAUUUAAAAGACAUAACAACACCAAUGGUAUUUAUAAACGCUCUUGAUGAUCCAAUCGUUCCCGAGAUGUUACUGGUACCGAUAAAACAACACGCUGAAAGUUAUAACAAUACUUUGUACAUAGAAGUAGCUCACGGUGGUCAUCUUGGGUUCUACGAAGGAGGACUUCUGUAUCCAAAUCCCAUAACUUGGCUCGACCGUACUCUUGUCUCACUCGUUGGCUCUCUAACGCUAGUUCACGCCGACCGGGUAAAAAUUUCCUAAGCGCGCAAUUUAAAAUUAUAUUAUCAACACAAAAUUUCAUUGUUUUAAAUUAUACUUUAUUUUUAAAUUACUAAAAUUUAAACUGAGUUCAAUUACACAAAUACUUUUUUCUUUGUUACCGUUUUGCAUUUUCGUUGGUAGCACAAAUUUAAAAACAUAUCCGACAGUUAUUAUUUAAAAGCAUUUAUUACAACAAACACCCGUGCAAUUUUGUACGUUAAAAAUUAUUAUUACAAAUUUAUAACCAUUUAAAUAUAAAUAUUUAUAUACAUAUAUAUUA